AUGAAACCUAACGUUUCUCUCAUUCAGCUUGUGUCGACGUUCACAAUAACUUUCUGGUUAGUUUCAUCCGUAUCAGCAAAUCCAGUAUUACGCGAUAGAUAUGACAAUGAAGGCGACGUUACUCGCCGACUCAAUACUGGCACAGGACAUCCGAAACCUAUGCCAUUUCAGUCGUGGGGUGAGGUCAUUGAGACUCUUAAAUAUGGACUCUCGUUCAUUGUCAUUCUCAUGGCCGCUCAUCCACUCGGACUUUUCUUUCCCAAGCUGUUUAAACUACCACUUAUUACUGGAUACCUGGUCAUUGGCAUCAUUGCUGGUCCAUUUAUUACCGAUUUGAUCACAGAAAGGAUGGUGGCCAUGAUGGCCAGGUACGUCAGUGCUCUCGCCCUCUCAUUCAUUUCGUUCCAAGCUGGUCAAGAAAUUUAUCUGCCGGAUCUUCGGCCGCAGCUCAAGCCUAUCUUGAUUCUUUUGGCUACGCUUUAUGUGACGGCAAUGACCAUCCUCGCAGGUGUCGUGUUACUUGCAGAAGAAAACUUUUUCUACAGAGAUCUGGCCCUGUACUGUCAAGUGGGCAUCGCUCUCAUGUUUGGCUCCAUCUCGGUACUAGGAUCACCAGCUACUGUAAUGGCCAUCAAGAUUGAGCUGAAUAGUGUGGGUCCACUCACAAGUUUGAUGCUUGGAGCGACCAUGUUGGCGGAAUUUGUGGUUUUAUUGUCUUUUUCCGUCUCUCGUAUCAUAUGCUCAAUUUAUUGUGCGGAGCUGGAUGUAUCCUUGCUGAAUCUCGCUUUUACGAUUAGUGUCGUGUUAGUCAAUAUUAUUGUCGGUGUCUUGCUUGCCGGUGUAAUUGUUCUCAUCUUUAUGAUCCCAGGAGGUGGUCAUAAGCACUCGAACCAUGAUAAUGAAAACAAACAUGCCCGAUCAACGUACCAUCCGCAAAGAUCGUCUUACAUGAUGCAGUCGGUGACACGAGAUAUCUCGGCACUUCCUCACGAUUCAUACAAUUUAGAAGACAAUCAAACGACGUCGCGCUGGACACCCGACCUGGCAUUAUCAUUAAAAGGUUUUAUUUGGCUCUCCAUGGGCUAUCUAUUCUAUAUUGCCACAACAUUUACAGCUGAAGCAACGGCAGCAGCAUACAGUUUGUCAUGGGAAGUUAAGUUGGAGCCGCUGCUCAUUCUGAUGAUCGCUUCAUGUAUUGCUGGUCACAAUACUAGGAUACGACACGACAUGCACGUGAUCCUCGACACGGUGGCACCGUACAUGUUCCUACCCUUUUUUGUGAUGACGGGUGCCGCUUUGAAGCUAGACAAAGUCGUACAUGUCAUUCCACUCAUGAGUUUGUACGUUGGUCUUCGAUAUGUCGCUAUCUUCAUUGCCUGUUACUUUGGAGGACGUUUUUUACUAAAGUUGACGCCGAAACAAUACAAUAAUCUGUGGCUCACUUUAACGCCACAAGCUGGCGUUGCGUUGGGAUUGGCUGCUGAAGUCGACAAUAUGAGCGAAGAAUCUUGGGCUACGGAGUUUGGAUCAACGAUCGUGGCGGCUGUUGUUGUAAAUCAGAUCGUUGGACCCGUAUUAUGCUCUUUUGGCUUAGGUCGCUCAGGUGAGACGUUGAAGGACCGUGCUGAGGUGCCUGGUGUGCUUCGUUCUGAUGGUCAUAGCAACCACAAGAGCAUUCAUAGCCAUCGUCACCAUAGUACUAUUCACGGUGGCAAUGUGAGCAACAUUCACCAAGGCGAAUAUAGCAACUUUAGCAUUUUUGAUUCCACUCAACGAAUGCCAAGUUCCGUGACGAACAAAGAGCUACAGCCAUCCGAGUCACUUUUUAAAAUCAAGACAGCGACUGUGAUUGGAGAUGACGAAGUUGCAUUUGAGGUCGCACUUGAUCUAUCACUCUACGGAGCUCAAGUUAAUGUACCACUUUUGGAUAAGGAAAGUGCAAGCAAGUGGCAGAAAAUGAAUGAAACGAUCAUGCAAAGAUCCACAAAAGAAGAGCUUAUUUCGUACAAGAAUACACUUAAGGAUCGCGAUACUGCGCAGACUAUGUCAACUGCAGACGUUCUAAUCUUUACCGGUGAUAUUUCCCGUACGCGCGAGAAUGUACACUUGCUCAAGUCGCUGCUUGGAGAGAAUCACCCACGGAUGAUUGCAUUUGUACCAGAUUGCGCAUUUAGCAAGGAAAUGAAGGAAUUGGGAGUAUUGGUCAUCCAACCGUCAAUCGCUCUUGCCAACAUUGCUACACGUAUGGCUUUAUUGGGCAAAGGGUUGGCAUUGGCUCUUUCAAAUGAAUUGAGCACUACAAGCGAUUUCAGCACAGCGUCAUACUUUAUGAGACCCAAUUAUCAAGAUUCCAUGGCGGAAAUGAGCGUUGAAGGUCGCUUCGUUACGCUUGGUCGAAGCGUUGUGAACCAUCAUUCCGUAGACUACGAUCGUCUUGCAGAGAUAUUUGCGGCAGAAAGAAUACCGAUGCCACCUCCGCCAUCACGUGUGUCGAUGUUCGGUACAUCAGAUAGAAAGAUGGCCACAGGACAGUAUCCACAUACGCCUGAAGUAAACCCUUCUCCAUCCCCACGCCGCAACGACUUUAACGUGCUCCAUACUCCGCAACUAAUCGAAGACAAAACAUCAGAAGCAGAAGUGGACGCGAGCGAGAAGGGCACGGAAAGCCCCGCGAACCUGAACUUGCUGAUUCGGUUCCCUGUAAGACGAAAUUCGGCGGACCUGAAUGGCGACACUUCAAAGCAGGGAUACGCUACUCUAGCGACUCCCGUGUCCGAGUCUGUCAGUAGUAGCACAUCGUCUGAGGAGGAAGGAGGGGACAUUGCCGUCUUUGUGGACCAAUUGCACCUAAGCAAUGAAGUUGCUAGUGACUGCUCAGCAAGAGCCGCUUCAGACAUUAUUUUUAUUGGUAAAACGAUGGGUAGUUGUGUUUCUGUAGCAAUGAGUAUCAUGAUUGGCGCGUAUCUAGGCGUGGGCAUUCGCGUGCUACUUACCGAAUUGGCCAACGUUGUGAACGAGAGUCAAACAGAGCUGCUGAAGUUACUGGGAUUCAGCUUUUUCUUGCCAAAUGUGUUCGGUUGCUUUAUAAUGGGACUCGCGACCCGGAUUAGACUUGUCUUACACGGCAAGCACGACGUAUUGCUGAGUGGAAUUACCACUGGCUUUUGUGGUAGUUGUACAACGUUUGCUAGCUGGGAUCUUAGCGCCGCACUUAUGUUCGUCGAACGUCGCUGGCUAAAUGCCAUUCUAAUGGUGUGUGUACAAGUAGCAAGCGCCAUCACGAGUCUUCGAUUAGGUCACCAUGUUGCAGAAGGCAUUUUACACUAUCUCACACUACGGAACUACCCUUUCCGUAAACCGCCUAUCAAUCUUGCGCAGUUGAAUUUGGAUUUGGAAAGAAAUAUUAGUCACUUUCGAAGAACAAAAAUGCACAGGUUUGGGCCUUUAGUUAUGCGACGAGUGACUGCAACGGAAGAGUCGCUGGCCAUUGCUCGAGAUUCGUGCAAUGAGCUCAUGGCAGAGAUUGCACAAGUGGAGUAUGAGCAGCAUCCAGUUCAGCAUCACGAUAUAAUUUGGGUUGGUGGAGCGCUUUCCUUGACAGCACUUUUCUGGUUUCUGGCGUUCUGUGGCUUUGACAAUUACCAAAGCUCAAGACUGCUUGCAGUUUGCUUCGGACCGUUUGGCGCACUGCUGCGGUGGUAUUUAUCGCUGUACAAUGUCAGACCUAUGUGUAAGCGCUUCCCUUUGUUCACUUUUCUUCCAAACGUGGCUGCAUCAUGCUUGAGCUGCGGUAUGGCGAUCAUUGGUAGCGUUGUAUAUCAAGAUGGUGCGUCUGCCUAUCGACAUUUUAUUAUGUGGGGCCAAGGAGGUGUCAUGGUUGGCUUUUUGGGUUCGCUUUCAACAGUGUCGACCUGGGUUAAUGAAAUGGAUUGUCUUUCUUCCAAACGUUUGUAUUGGGCCUACCGCUACGGUCUGGCCAGCGUUAUUGUCUCGCAGCUUGCUAGUGUUUUUAUUCUUGGCAUAUACGACGCGUACAGCACUAAUCCACUUAACGGAUGA